GCCCCAGGCAGUCUGCAGCCUGGCACACCGCAAGUUGCCAGCGGGGUGUGCACGGGGGCACCCGUGGGACAUGAGCACAGUGCUGCGGCAAAGCGUGAGCCCUGCGGGCACAUCGAAAGGGCAGACUGCCUCGCACCAUGCCCUCGUUUGAUGAGGUGUUGAAGGAAGCCGGGGAAUUUGGAAGAUUUCAGAAAAGGGUCUUUUUCCUCCUUUGCCAGACAGGCAUCACUUUUUCAUUCCUAUUUGCCAGCGUGGUUUUCCUUGGGCAGGUGCCAGACAACUAUUGGUGCCGGAUACCCGGGGCGGCUGAUUUAAGUGAAAAAUGUGGCUGGACACUGGAAGAGGAGCGAAACUUCACAGUGCUGCCCCUGCUGCUGGCGAAUGGCUCCUCCGGUGGGCGCUGCGAGCGGCUGGAUGUGACUUGGGAUGCGGCUGCCGGCUGUCCCAGCCCCCUCGCCCACCACCUUGAUGGCAGAGUGGGCAGCCCACCACUCGUCGCCUGCCAGGACUCCUGGGUGUACCAACAGCCCCAUGCCUCCAUUGUCAGCGAGUAUAACCUUGUGUGUGGCCAUGCCUGGAUGCUGGAUCUCUCACAGGCUAUCCUCAACCUGGGCUUUCUGGCUGGUGCCUUCACCCUUGGCUAUGCAGCAGACAGAUAUGGCAGAAUCCUCAUCUACCUGCUCUCCUGCCUUGGGGUUGGGAUAUGUGGUAUCAUAGUAGCAUUCGUGCCAAACUUUACUCUAUUUUUGAUCUUCCGUUUUCUCCAAGGUGUCUUUGGUAAGGGAACCUGGAUGACGUGCUAUGUGAUUGUGACAGAGAUCGUUGGUUCUGACCAGCGGAUCGUUGGGAUUGUGAUACAGAUAUUCUUCACCCUGGGAAUUAUGAUUCUCCCUGGAAUUGCCUACUUGGUUCCCACCUGGCAGGGGAUCCAGCUGGCCAUUUCACUGCCCAACUUCCUUUUCCUGCUCUACUACUGGGUUGUUCCUGAAUCUCCACGUUGGCUUUUGACACGCAAAAAGGGAGAGAAGGCGUUAAAAAUCAUGCAUGACAUUGCAAAACACAAUGGAAAAUAUCUCUCACCACAUUACUCUGAGAUCACUGUUAGCAACGUGGAGGUCACCAAUCCCUCCUUUCUUGACCUGGUGAGGACUCCUCAGAUGAGGAGGAACACGCUCAUCCUGAUGUACGCCUGGUUCACAAGUGCCCUGAUCUACCAAGGGCUUGUCAUGCGCCUAGGAAUUGUUGGAGGAAACCUCUACCUGGACUUCUUCAUCUCAGGAGCUGUUGAGUUGCCUGCCGCUCUCAUAAUUUUAAUGACAAUUGAUCGCAUUGGCCGGCGCCUUCCCUUCGCAAUAAGCAAUAUUGUGGCAGGAAUUGCAUGCCUUAUUACUGCCUUCUUGCCAGAAGAUAUCCCAUGGCUCAAAACCACAGUGGCCACACUGGGAAGGCUGGGCAUCACAAUUGCUUUUGAAAUUGUGUAUCUUGUGAACUCUGAGUUGUACCCGACAACACUGAGAAACUUUGGUGUUUCCCUGUGCUCGAGUUUGUGUGACCUAGGUGGGAUCAUAGCCCCAUUCCUGCUUUUCCGAUUAGCAGCCAUUUGGUUGGAGCUACCUCUGAUUAUUUUCAGUAUUCUCGCAGCUGUCUGUGGGAUCCUAGUAUUGCUUUUACCAGAGACAAAGGGAAUCUCUUUACCAGAGACAGUGGAGGAUGUGGAGCAACUUUCAGGUCACUAUGGGAAAUGUGGGAGGAAGAGGAAACACCAGGACGCCAACUCUUAUAUUUGAUCUCCAAAGGAUGGCAUUGAACAAAGGACUGUGAUCCCAUACUGGGAAUUUCUUCUUCGCUUGCCACCACUUUGAAGUUCACUGCAAAGUGUAGAUUAAACUCCAUGUUCUUCUUCCAAGUAUAAGGACGUUCAGAAAAAAGCAGUAUAUUCAUCUGUAAAUAUGAAAUAAAUUCAUCUUUUCUAAGUACGUUGUUUCCAGGAAGGAAGCACUCUUAGAUUUUGAUAGAGAACAGAUCAGCUUAAUUGCACUAUCCAGCUCAAUGAGCUUUUAUUUAUUUCUUUAUACAUUUGAGCUGUUUGUUUAUUGGAUGACUUUGGAUAACUUUGGAGAGGAAAAGAUGAGUAUGUGAACCUGUUCUCCUUUGCCCUUGGACCAUCUGGACAAACAGAAGAACUGAUGUCUCAUGAGGGAGAGCGCUAAUCAGGGCAGCCCUUUUUGGAUCAGAAGUGAUGAGACUGGGAGUCCGUCACCCUGGUCUGUUCCUCUCAGCCAGCAAUACUCUGCAGCAAAAGCUCUGCCCAUUGGAGGUCUUUCUCAAAUGUGCUAGCACUCCUCCUCUUCUGUUAUGUAGCUGUCACUUCCUACACAGGGCAUUAGCUCUGCAGGUCAAGUCAUCCCACUGCCCAUUGGUACCUUCCCCUAGACGUGGGGCCUUGUGUCCCAGACACACUGGUUUUUUCCAUUCUAAAAUACACUCUCUGACCAUUCCUGCAAACCAAAUCAUCUCACCCUAACCAGGACCAAAGUGACUCCUAAGUUCCUUCUUCUCCUCAUUGUUACUUGCCAUCUCCCUGGUUGUGGAUAAGUUAUUUGGGAUACUGACAGGGAUGUUAAGCUGUCUUGGGAAGAUGAGCAAGGAUAGGAGAAGAGCUUUGUUUAUGGAAGGAAGUGUUAACUGGAUCCAGUUGUUUGAAGUUCACCUGUAGCAGAAAUAUUUGAUCUGUGGCUCUGCAAGCAGAUAACAGGGACACCUCACAUUUCCUUUCAUCUGUAUGACCUCUGCCUAGUGCUGAGUGGGUCCUGGCCAGAGAGACAAUAUCCUCCUUCCAGUGAAGAACUAAAGAAGAUGUGGUGUCUGAACAAUAUCUUGUAAUGGGUAAUGAAGAAUUAAACAAAUGAAGGAAAGGCACUGAGUUGUAAAGAGCCUUGUAAGGUCUAAAACCAACAGAUUUGGCAUGAGAAAAUUUAGGAGUGGGUUUGAAAGUUUCAUAGCACAACUGAUUGAUGGUAACAUUAAGUUUAGUGCAGCUGAAUUACUACUGCUCUAGUCUAAUUAUCUUAUGAGCACUGAUAGUUUCCCAUGCACGGGAAGUUUACCAGUCAUUUCAAGAGUUCCUGGCUCUCCCUGCCUUUUCCGAUCACGUGCCCAUACCACCAACCCCGCUGGAGGAAACCAGGACCUUUACUAGUAAUCUCAAACUCAUGUUUGCAUAUUUUAAACAGUUAGUAAUGAAGAGCUUUCUUUCAUGCCUAUUCCUCAUUUUCUCUGAGUGAUAGUUAAAAGUCAACGAGAUGCUUAGCUAAAGUCAGUAGUGAUUGAGAAAUAUGAAACUAAAUAAACAUCUCAUAGUUUAUCUGUCAAAUCAGUGAUAUCUAGAAUAUGUCCUGAAAUUGGAGCUACUGCUGCAGGCAGAAAAUCCCUCCUACACCAACAUGGUCUUCUACAGACAGCUGUAAGCUCCUCAGAUUGGCUGGCAGAGACCAGCCCUGAACUGGAAGCCAUGAGCUUGCAUGGCUCAGGCCUGGGCAAACCCACUGCAGCGUCUCAGUGCCCAGAGCUCAGCCCUGCCUUCCCAGCAGCUGGCCAGCCCCACUGCCCUCGAGGAACCUUUUCUUUUAAUGCUUCUCCUUUGUGAAUUUUUAUUUUUUAACCAGUUUCAUAGUCACUGUAGGAGUCUGAAAAGGACUGUGGAGAUCAUUUAAAACUAUGUUUUGAUGAGGAAAUGUUGAUAAUAUUUGCCAGCUUCUGCUAUUUGAAGAUGACUGAAAGGUGCUUGAGAAAUGAGAGGAAUGAAGGCUCCAGAGAACAGCUGGAGAAAGGGUAGAAGUUCUUCAACAUUUUCAGUAUGGAACAAUCCCCUGUCUACCUUUAGAGCUGAGGGUGAUUAGGAAACCUUGUCAGCAGCAUGAAGGCCUGGUCUAGGAUGGGCAAGGAGGUGUCAUGCCCCACCUCACCCAGAGAGAGGCACUGAACAGGAGGGGCCAGACAUUGUCAGCUUUAGCUGUCUUGCCUGUAUUAUACAAGUCAUCCUAGAGGCUCAGUGAGCAUUGUCAGCUUUAGCUGUCUUGCCUGUAUUACACAGGUCAUCCUAGUGGCUCAGUGAGCAAAGUGAUCUGCCUAGCAGGAAUUGGAUCACCUUACCAUCGUUAAAGACACAUAUCCAACACGACAACAGAAACCCAGGACUAAAUUCUUCCUGCCUGCUAAAAGAUUCCUUAGACCAACAACUGUGUGGAUGUGCUAUUCAGUUCAACUGUCUCCACCCCAAAAUUUGCCCUAUUGUUUCAUCUAUUCUCUACAAAUUUUUGUGACAAGUGGCAAUUUAUAUUGCCAGUGCAGAAGAAAAAGAUCACUAAAUAGCUUUAAAGAGUUGGUACUUGGCCUCUCAGGCAUGUCUGGGUAUUUCUACCCUGACUACAAUCUUCCAUUAUAGCCUGUGUGAGAAAAAAUGAGAACUCUUAAGAUGCAACUCAUCACUUCUAUGGGCAAUAGUUCUUGGGGAAGCCAUGGAAAAGUGUGAGUAUAUUUCUAGGGGGGCAACGUGAUUGCCAUGUUAACAGCAGUGACUUACUGGACAAUUAAAAAUCAGUUCUUAUUGUUUUACAAUGUGUUUUGGGAGAAAAAAUCUCUUUUUGUACAACAGAAAAUAGAAUGACAGAAUUGAGAACAAAGAAAAAGACUUAAAUGUGAAAUAAAACCCCCCAGUGGCAGGAGAGAAAACAUUAUGAAAUGCUUCAUGGUUCAGAAAGUUGUCACUGUUUGGCAGAGAAACCAAGAGUACUUUUUUUUCCUGAACAUGUAUAUUCAGCACUGAAUUUUAGGGAUCUCUUCUGUUUUUUUUUCUUUCUUUCAAACUUCAUGAAGAAAUUUGCCACUAUAGCACUGCAGACACAUAGCUGUACUCUAAGAAAUGUUGGUCUUAUGGGCACAGAUUUCAUUUCCUGUAACCACAGGCAUAUGUACUUCCUCUUCAUUUAUAGAAGUAAAAGCUAUAUGUAAGACAAGUUAUAUAGUGAAACAAAGCUGGUACUGUGGUCAACAAAAGUUUAUAAUAUACUACACGCAUUGUCAUUACUGGCUGUAAUGAUUGACAUUAGUUAUUUCUCUGUCUUCACUAAGAACUAACUUUAGGAUAAGGGUAUUUUUUUAUUCACUGUUUUAUAUCUCUGAUAUGACAUUUGUACUUCUGCUGACACAAAUUUCCACGUCAAUAAAAAAAUAUGAAAAUACAA